AUGAAUGGUCCUAGGCCUUCGAGGUUGACAAUAAGCGAGAACUCGACGAAGAUGAUCACGAAGAGGUCACGUGCUCCUCGGCCGCCGCCGGUGGUGGUGUAUCUCAACUCACCUAAGAUCAUUCAUGUCCGCCCGGAGGAGUUCAUGGGCCUUGUUCAGCAACUCACCGGGAAACAAUCCACCGCUGCCGCGGCCUCCUCCUCCUCCGCUUCUUCUUCUUCUUCUUCUACAUUUAAUAAUUUAGAAGUAGUGGCCUCCUCGAGAUCAUCAAUACUGUCUUCUUCUUGUAACUUGGAUGGAUGUUAA